GACAAUCCUCAAUACCCUUCAACCAAUAACUUUCCCCCACGUAAGCAAGCUCAAAAUUUUUCUCUCUCCUCCGAAAUUACGUCCAGGUUCAAUGAACCUUGUUUUCACCCUCUUUUCUCGCCUCCCAUUUAUUUGUCCUCCCUCCCAUUCUCCAAUUCUUCAACAAACCACAAUUUCCACAAAUCAAAUUUCCAAACUUUUUUACAACCCAAACUCAAAAACCUCAAUAACAAAGAAUAUCAAUUGCAUACACAUUUUCAACAACAAAAAUGGCAUUGGCUCUUACAUCCUCUCUAUCAUCCGAGCUCAAAGCUCCAAGCAUAGGUGCAUUUCAACCGUCGGAUCGUCAAUACAAUAAUCUAACGACUACGAUUAAUUUAUCAACAAGGCGAGCUGGUUCAGCCGUGAAGCCGUUACGAGCCGCCGCCGAGUCACGGCGGAGUGACUCAGUUGCGCCACUCACUGCCACCACCUUUGCCGCUCCUAAGACUGAGGAAGGGGUAAAAGAGGAAGUGAAAUUUGUUGAAGAAGAGGAGAAUUUUGAGGAGUUGGCGAAAGAGCUUGCAAAUGCUUCUCCGCUUGAGAUUAUGGACAGGGCACUUGCUAAAUUUGGAAAUGAUAUUGCCAUUGCUUUCAGUGGUGCGGAAGAUGUUGCUUUGAUCGAGUAUGCCAAAUUAACCGGCAGACCCUUCAGAGUCUUCAGCUUGGACACUGGAAGAUUGAAUCCUGAAACCUACCGGUUUUUCGAUGAGGUUGAAAAACACUAUGGCAUCCGCAUUGAGUACAUGUUCCCUGAUUCAGUAGAAGUUCAGGGUCUAGUUAGGAACAAGGGGUUGUUCUCUUUCUACGAGGAUGGACACCAGGAGUGCUGCCGUGUAAGGAAGGUGAGGCCACUUAGGAGGGCCUUGAAGGGUCUACGAGCCUGGAUUACCGGGCAGAGGAAGGACCAGUCUCCUGGGACUCGCUCUGAAGUCCCUGUUGUUCAAGUGGACCCUGUUUUCGAGGGUUUAGAUGGUGGUGUUGGUAGCCUUGUGAAGUGGAACCCUGUUGCCAAUGUUGAGGGUGACAAUGUGUGGAACUUCCUUAGGACUAUGAAUGUGCCUGUUAACUCAUUGCACUCCCAAGGAUACGUCUCAAUCGGGUGUGAGCCAUGCACAAGGCCUGUUUUGCCUGGACAGCACGAGAGAGAAGGAAGGUGGUGGUGGGAAGAUGCCAAGGCGAAGGAGUGUGGCCUUCACAAGGGUAAUAUUAAAGAAAAUUCCGAAAAUCAGAAUGGUAGUGCUCAAUCAAAUGAAGAGGUUGCUGACAUUUUUGAGUCAGAAAACUUAGUUUUGUUGACUAGAGCUGGAAUUGAGAACUUGAUGAGAUUGGAAGACAGGAGAGACCCAUGGGUUGUCGUCCUCUAUGCACCAUGGUGCCAAUUUUGCCAGGCAAUGGAAGGUUCAUACCUAGAGCUGGCUGACAAAUUGGCUGGAAGUGGUGUCAAGGUAGGAAAGUUCAGGGCCGAUGGUGAUCAGAAGGCAUUUGCCAAGAGUGAAUUGCAGCUCGGAAGCUUCCCAACUAUCCUUCUCUUCCCAAAACACUCAUCUCAGCCCAUCAAGUACCCUUCAGAAAACCGUGAUGUGGAUUCACUCUUGGCUUUCAUCAAUGCUCUCAGAUAAUGAUCAGCGUUAAACAGCUGUUAUACAUUUCGUAGAUAUCAGAGAAGAAAGCUAAAACAUAACCGAAUGAUGGCAAACUGGAAGAUAACCCGAGAAGCUAGUUCAGUUUUACCGGAUAUGAUCCCCCUUAUGAUUCUAAGGGAGGUUCUUUUGUAGUCAAUAGUGAGCUACAUUAUGACUUGUUUAGUUACAAGUUGGAGAUGGCAUGUUUAUAUAGCUUUUAAAUCUCUGUUUCUUUUUUUCUUUUGUUUUUUGAUGGGAAAGGGUAUAAAAUUUUGGUGUUCAAAUGGUGAGGCUAUAUGUACAUUGUGAAGGGCUGUGUUAGAAUCUCAUUUGCUGUAUCAGAAAAAUUACACCAAAUAAAUCUGAGUUUUUCUGGAAAUGGUUUCAA